AUGGCUGAUAUCUUCGGAGUCCCAUAUAGGUAAUAGAUUACUUUAGAAGAAAAAGUUUAGAAGUCUGUUCUUGGUGGAAUAAGUUCUGUGAUUGUAAUCUUGGUUGGAUUUGGUUACUUGAUCUACGUCAUGAAUGAAUGGAUUAGUAGCAAGAUUCUGCCUAAAUCAACUAGUACUAUGAAGGUUGAUAAUUAUUCAUAAAUAAUAUUUGAUAACGAAUAGCUCUUUGAAUUUUGUUAUUGGAAAUACGAUCCUUCUUAAAUCGAUCCUUUUAGAAUGAAACGUAACAUAUUAACUCCUGUUGGAAUCUAUUUCAUAGAUGGAAUUCCACAAAAACCCUUCUCAUUAUUAUAAGAAAAUUAAAAACAAUCAACUUAUAAUACCACUCUCAUGAGCAUUAAUAAUUUAUCAUUAAUUCAAAAUAGUAAUUUCAACAAAGAAUUGAAUGCAACUAAAGAACUCAUGAUUGUUAUCACAUCUUGCAACUAAACUUUGAUGAAUGAAGGCUAUGAAUGUGCAUCGCAAGAGGAAAUUCAAGAUUUCUUUAGGUCAUCCGUUAAUUAUAUAAGUUUUUGGUUGAAUUUGAAAUAGUAUGAUCCUUAUAGCCAAUAAUUUGAAGUGGUAAAAAAGUAAUACUACCUAUCCUUUGAUUAUGAGAUUGCUCAAUAAGGUCAAUUGAUUCUUACACAAACAAAAGCCACAAUUGAUACUGGAAUUCUCUUUGGAAAAUAUUACUCAAAAAGCUAUGUGUACAAUGCCUAGUUGGUAACAAGUGCAACAUCCAAAAACUUUUGGUCGACACUAUUGGUUUAGUAAUCCUACUUCAAUUUGUUCGUCCGAUUGGACCCAAUGUCCUAUGACAUAUAAAUCGUGUAUCCAAAGUUAGGAGAAAUUCUAGCCCAAGUUGGGUCUAUCAUAAGCAUGUUGAUGAUCAUUCAAUAUGGAAUAUAACAUUAUAAUGAGUGGCUGUUAGAUUGCAAUUUCAUAGACAAGGUUUUGAGGUUUUAUUUUAUUGAUUAUGUAUAAUUAAAGCAAUCUAAAAACAAAGUGGAUAAAGAAACUUGUUAAGAACUAAUCCAAUCAGCACGGAAGAAACUAGUAUACACGAACGUCAUUUACGAGCUAUCAAGAAUACAACUAUUUUUAUUGCACCAUUUUGGACGGACUUCUUUAGAAUAAACUCAUCAUCUUGGUCUGUAUGCUAGAGGGGAUUUCAAGCCAAGUUGUGAUAUGUAUGAGAAAUUCAUUACGAUUCCGAAAACUGAAAUAGAAAAGCAACAUGUUUAGUUCGAUAUGAAUAGAGCAGAUUUUAAUUUAUUAUGUAGAGCCAAGUCAAGGACGAUGAUUUUAGGAGGGAAUAGUAAUAAUUAAGGAAGCUCAGCUGCUAUUGAUAACGUAUUUUCAGAAGUCAAAAGUUCCUCGUUGAAAUCAAUUAAAACAUGA